AUGUCCUCUGCUCAUGAUGCCACCACCAAGAUCUCCAUUGACAAGUUCGACGGCGACAACUACGCGACAUGGAGCCGCUACAUGCGUGGCGUGUUCCUGACUAAGUCGGCGUGGCACGCUGUGAACCGGGAGACCUCGCCGACCUACGCGGACGAUCGCGCCAUGGACGACUACGUCAAGGCCAACAACAUCGCUUUCGGACUGACGUUGCUGCACAUGGACGCAGACUACCAUCACAUCGUCGAUGACUGUGAAGAGGCGUGGGUCGCGUGGGCGCUUUUAAAGAUGCUGUACGGCGGGUCGCAGAAGGCUGGACGCAUCUACUUGAAGCGCCAGCUGUUCAGCAUGGAGAUGGAGGAAGGCGGCAAUGUGAUGCAUCAUUGCAACGAAGUCCUCAACAUCAGCGCGAAGCUCAGCAGCAUCGGCGCCAAGAUGGAGGACGAGGACGUGGCGAUCUGCUUGUUGCGCAGCCUCCCCAAGAGCUACGAGAACGUCGUUCUCAACUUGGAGAUGAGCAGCGCGGAACUGCGAUCGCGAGACGUCGUGAGAGUGCUCACGAAUGAGCACAUCAAGAGGCAAGGUGACAAGACGACAUCGGUGAAGACUGAAGACGCGGCGAAGGCGUUCAGCACCGAGCGUGAACCUCGCCAGUGUACAUACUGCGGAAAAUUGGGGCACACGGCGGAGCGGUGCUGGACCAAGCAGAAGGACGAAAAUCAAGGUGGAGCUCGACGCGGCGGCAACAAUGCUCGUGGACGCGGAGCCAACAACGUUCAGUGGCGAACCAACAGCAACUACGAUGACAACUACGAUCGAGUUGCGUUCGCGGUUUCGCUGGAGGCUGGACUUUCGACGGGCAAGAAUAUGCCAGGGAUGUGGGCAGUCGACAGCGGUGCGACGCAUCACAUCUGCAACGACAAGGCCAAGUUUGCAAGCCUGAAUGAGCGAGAGGAAGGCGAACUAUCAGUGGCUGAUGGCAGCAAGGCUGCGAUCAAGGGUGUGGGAACCAUCAUGGAACGGGUGGUUCUGCCCAAUGGUGACGAACGCGACAUCGAGAUCAAGGACGCACUGUUCGUACCAAGUAUGAGCAAGAAUCUGCUUUCGGUGCCACAGAUCAACAAGGGUGGCAGGUUCCAAGUCGUGUUCGAUGGGUCCAAGAUGCAAGCGAAGCGCAAGAAUUCCACACAAGUCGUGGCAACAGCGGAUCUCGUCGAUGGACUUUACUGGCUGUGGACUCCUCAACGAUCGGCAAAAUGCAGCAACACGCAAUGGGACUAUCGACUUGCAUGCGCGCAUGGAUCAUGCACCCCUCGAAGUUCUGCGCAAGAUGGUGGCCACUGGCAUGAUCAAGGACGCCAAGGCACCUCCUCGACUCGACUGGUCCAAGUGUGUGUCGCGUUGCUGCACGUCGACAUCUGCGGGCCAAUGGAACAAGUCUCGAUCGGCGGCAGCAGAUACUUACUGUUUGUGGUUGACGAAGCCAGCGGUUGCAUGAAAGGCUUCUGUCUGCGGUCCAAGUCUGAGAGUGAAGACUGUAUCAAGAACCACAUUAUCAAGAUUCAAACUCAGUUCGGCACGAAGAUCAAGUUUGUUCGGCACGAUGGAGCGCAUGAGUUUGCGACCAACUCCAUCAAGACCUUCUACGAAGAUCAUGGUAUCGAGCAACAACAGAUCACGGUGCCGUAUGCACACCAGACCAACGGCACCGCAGAACGCGCGAUAAGGACCAUCGUCACGAUCGGACGCAGCUUGUUGCAUCAUGCAAAGCUGGAGAAGUGUUUCUGGGCUGAAGCGGCAAUGACGGCGAUCUACAUCAAGAACCGCCUGCCUUCACCCAAGAUCGACCACAAGACUCCGGUCGAGAUCGUGUACAAGUCGAAACCAAGUGUCAAGCACAUGCGCGUGUUUGGAUGUCGGGCGUUUAUCCUGACACCAAGGGAGAAGCGAUUGAAGUGGGACCCGAAGGCUCGUGAAGGGAUGUUCAUGGGCUACGAAGAAGCGUCAAAAGCUUAUCGAGUGUACGACAUUGAGGCGGGCCAAGUGGUGAUCAGUCGUGACAUCACCUUCGACGAAUCGACUUUUGACUUUUCGAUGGACCGACCAAGUGACGAUGAUGAAGAUGCGGAGUUGGACCUCGACCUCCUAGCGAUCAACGAGGACAACCUCGCCCUCGAACUGGGGUUGGAACAAGCAAGUGCGCCGGAACACGUCUCCAACCGUCACCAGAAACGACGAUCAAGUGCUCCAGAAACGAUGUCUGAUGACGAAGAAGAUGCGAGCGUCUACGAUCGAGAUGACGACUCGACGCCUCCAACAUUUUGGCUUGCAAGUGCAAACGCAGUGGAAGCAACGGGCCUAGCAGAACCUGUGACUUUUCAAGACGCGAUCAAUGGUCCUGAUCAAGCUCAAUGGCGAAAUGCUGUGAAGGCGGAACUCAAGUCGAUGCAUCUUCGUGGAGUUUUCCGUGCGACAAAACUGCCAAGAGGCCAAGGCGCGAUCUGUUGCAUUGUAGAUCGGAGCGAGGAAAGCGGAGCAAACGGAGCGGAGAGACCGAAGAGAGUAGAGCAGAAAACACUUGCCCAAUAG